ACCCUCACCGAUUCAUAGUCUUCAAACCUUAUCUCCAAGCUUCCAAAGUUCCAAACCUUUUCCAUCACUACCAAAACACCUUUCUUUUCACCGAUUCAUAGUCUUCAAACCAUUCAAUUCCUUCCUUAUGCAUCUUCGAUUCAUGUUUUUCAAUUGAUACCAAAACCCUCAAACACCCAAACCCAUUUGAUUCCCUCAAACCUCUAAAUUCCUAAUCUUUAACCGAUUUCAAAACCCUCAAACACCCAAAGCCUCAUCUGUGGUCCUUGUCGAAUUCUUCUCUCAACAUUAAAAAUUGAGGUUUGUGAAAAGAAACAAGCAGAUCUACUGUUAUUUGAGGAGGUUUGCUGCCAAAUCAAGAGGAUCUAGAGCUGCGACCCAUCACUGUUAUUUGAACUGCUAUAAUUGUCAGCACAUCAAUCGCCGUUGCACCAAAAUUGUCGUCUGAAAUCUCAAAAUUGUGCAGGAGUCAUGUCAAUUGAUAAAUCAUGGAUUUGCAAACCACUAGGCACACCUGAAUAUGAAAAUGGGAUAAUUCACUUUUUGAAUUUUGCAUUUGAACAUCAAUCUGCUGAUUUACUUACAAUUAAGUGUCCGUGUUCAAAAUGUGGUUUCAAGAAGGGGGGAACAUGGGAUGAAGUUUACAUACACCUAAAAAAUAGAACUUUUCCAAAAAAUUACAAAAUUUGGAUUUGGCAUGGUGAAAGACCAAAUGUAAUCGCAUCUGAGGCAGUUCAAAGAACCUGUGUUCCAGAAGAUACUUUUCAACCACAAAAUCCAAUGGAAAACAUGGUCAAUGAUGCAUUUGGAAUUGGUCGAAACAACCUGGACGAUGCUGGUCCAUCCUCUGUGCAUAACAAUGAAGGGCGUAACUCGACACAUGAUGCAGACGAUGUCGAGAUUUAUGAGUUGUUAAAGGAGGCAAAUGAAGAAUUAUAUGAAGGGUGUACAAAGUAUUCAAAAUUGUCAUUUAUAGUUAAAUUGUAUCAUAUAAAGUGCUUGUGUAGAAUGAGUGACAAAGCCAUGACUAUGAUUCUUGAAUUGUUAAAAGAUGUGUUCGGAGAUGCAAAGAUUCCUAAUUCAUUCUAUGAGGCUAAGAAAAUCAUCAACAAACUUGGUCUUGGUUAUAUUAAGAUACCUGCUUGCCCAAAUGAUUGUAUGUUAUAUUGGGGUGAAGAAAAUCAAGAAUUGGAAGAAUGCAAAAUAUGCAAGACAUUUAAGUGGAAGGAUAACAAGAAGAAACAACCUGCAAAGAUAUUGCGCUACUUUCCACUAAAGCCAAGAUUGCAAAGGCUAUUUAUGGGUUCCAAAACCGCAGAGUCUAUGAGUUGGCAUGCAUUGGAUGGUAACCAAGAUGGGCUGAUGCGACAUCCUAAAGAUUCCGAGGCAUGGAAAACGUUUGACUUACUUCAUCCUGAAUUUGCAGCAGAUCCUCGAAAUGUACGACUUGGCCUAUCCACCGAUGGCUUUAACCCUUUUGGAGUUAUGAGUUCAAACUACAGCAUUUGGCCGGUGGUUCUUAUCCCAUACAAUCGCCCUCCAUGGGAGUGCAUGAAGCAAACAUCAAUGAUCCUUUCCAUGAUCAUUCCUGGGAAACUAGCCCCGGGAAAUAACAUUGAUGUGUACUUACAACCUCUCAUCAAAGAGUUGAACGAAAUGUGGUAUGAUGGAGUGCGUACAUUAGAUUCAUCAAAAAAUGAAAUGUUUACGUUGAAGGCAACUGUGAUGUGGACAAUUAGUGACUUUCCAGGGCUUGGUACUUUAUCUGGGUGGAACACAUACACUGGUUUAGCCUGCCCCACUUGUAAGUUUGAAACAGAUAGUUGUAGACUAAAGAAUGGUAGGAAAUGGUGUUUUAUGGGUCACCGGCGAUUUUUAAAAAAAGAUCAUAAAUUUCGAUUGAAUCGGUCUCGUUUUAAUGGAAAAUUUGAGGAAAGGGAACCCCCUUCAACUUUGUCUGGGUUGGACAUAUUAAAUCAGCUUAAGAACAUUGAUGUUACUUUUGGGAAGGAGCCAGAAUCUAAUGAUAAAGGUAAAAAAUCUCGAGGAAAGAAACCAGUUGAAAAAGGAAAGAAAUCAGUUGAAAAGGGAAAGAAACCAGUUGAAGAAGGAAAGAAGUCGGUUGAAGAAGGAGACAAACCAAUUAGAAAAAGAAAAAGACCAGCUGGAAAAAAAAAAGAGACCAAUCGAAGAAGAAGAAAAGCCAACAAUUGAAGAUAUUAAGAAACAAUGGAGGAAGAAAAGCAUAUUUUUUGAUCUUCCUUAUUGGGAGUCCAACUUAUUGCGUCAUAAUUUAGAUCCAAUGCACAUUGAGAAAAAUGUAUGUGAUAAUGUUGUAUACACUUUGCUCAAUGAUUCUGGGAAAUCAAAAGACAAUCUUAAUGCUCGGAAGGAUCUUAAAAAAAUGCGUAUAAGGAAGGAUCUUUGGCCUGAUGAUAAUGACAAAUUUCGCCCAUCUAUAUUUACGAUGUCAAAUUAAAAGAAAGAUGUCUUCUUACAAACUUUGAAGAAUACUACAGUGCCAGAUGGGUACUCAAGCAAUAUCUCAAGGUGUGUUGACUUAAAAAAUCGUAAGCUUUUUGGAAUGAAAAUCCAUGACUGUCAUGUUCUUAUGGAGCAAUUGCUACCUUUAGCAAUACGAAAUGUCCUACCAGACAAUGUGACUGCAGUGUUAAUAGAGUUGUGUUCAUUCUUUCGUCAAUUAUGUGCCAAGAGUUUGAGUCUCUCGGAUCUUGAUAGGCUCCAGGAUCGAAUUAUUCUCACUCUUUGUCACUUAGAAAUAUUAUUCCCUCCUUCGUUCUUUACAAUCAUGGUUCAUUUGACCAUUCAUCUUGUGGAUGAAGCAAAACUUGGAGGUCCAGUACACUAUCGCUGGAUGUAUCCUAUUGAAAGGUAUUUGGGACACUUAAAAGGCUAUGUUAGGAAUAAGGCACAACCCGAAGGUUCUAUUGCUGAAGGAUAUGUUGCUGAAGAGGCUCUCACCUUUUGCUCUCUAUAUGUAGAAGGGAUUGAGAUUCGAAUCAAUAGACCUGCACGUGUUGAUGAUUAUCCUGAUGAUAGCGCUUCAUCACGUACAUCUACAAUUUUUCCACCAAUGGGUAAAGCAGUAGGAGCAUUCCAAAGUUUUGAGCUAUCAGAUAUGGUGAAAACUCAAGCACAUCGUUAUGUGUUAUUUAAUUGUCCACAAGUCAAGCCUUAUAUAGAUGAAUUUAAGGACUACUUGUGGAGGCGAUCUAAGGGACGUAGACCGACAACAACAGAGAUAGAGAAAAUAGUAAAUAAAGAUUUCAUGGACUGGUUCCCUCGAAGGAUUAUGAACCCCGACAUAUCAAGUACAAUACCAGAUGAUCUCAAGUAUCUUGCAAAAGGCCCAUCAACACAAGCUAGAAGAUGUUCUGCAUAUAAUAUUAAUGGAUUCAAAUUCCGAACAGUUGCACGAGAGCAUGGAUUUAAAACCCAAAACAGCGGAGUUUAUUUAACAUCUGCAACAUCCUGUGUUGCUAGCAGUGCAGAUGGAAAUGUUAGAGAAGCCGAUUUGUUAUAUUAUGGAAAAUUACAAGAUAUCAUUGAGCUUAACUACUCUGGUUUUAAAGUUACUUUAUUCAAAUGUACAUGGGCUGACACAACUACAGAUAGGGGGUUUAAAAAAGAUGCAUGGGGUUUCAGUUCCAUUAAUUUUUCCCGAGUGAUUCACACAGGUGAUCGUGAAGAUCAUGAUCCGUACAUUGAGGCUUCACAAGCGCAAAUGGUCUAUUAUGUUAAUGAUGAGCUGAGUAAAGACUGGAGUGUUGUUGUCCAUUUGAAGCCAAGAGACUUGUAUGAUAUGGGAGAGCAAAUAGAUACUGAAAUUUGUCCCGAUCAAGACUUUAGUCAAUUUUUUCAAGACUCUGAUGAUCUAUCUUUGAUAAGGGAGGACGCAGAUGAUGAGGAAUGAAUUAAUGAGAGAGGGGAAUGUUAAUAUUCUUAUAUGAUUUUGACGUGUCAAUGUUAAGACAUACUUUCCUUCUAUGAUUUUUAACCAUUAAUAUCAUUGUUAUAUGCAACUAGUUCUAUGAUUAGCAUGUUUAUAAAGUUAUGUUUGAAUAUAGUUCUUUAAAUUUAGCAUUAUAAUUAUUCAAAUCAUUUGUUACUGAUUUCUUUAAUUUACAUAUACAGCAAUGCCAAAGUCCAGGAGGAUAAAGAAUUUCCUUAAAGUAUCAAAUGAGAGCUCUUCACAUGGUGCAUCUUUCCCCAAUCUAACUUCCUCACAACAUCCACAAGAAGAGGUUGCAAGUUCACAUCGUGGAGCAAAGGUAUCAGUUCAGCCACACAAUCAAACAUCCUUGCAAUCUACACAACAAAGGGUUGCACGCUCUAUAGAGGUUGCACGCACUACACAGGUUGUAUCUGCCUCCAAUGAUCAAAAUCAAGCUCCACAUGCAUCACAAAAUGAAUCCCCUACACUGGUUGCUGCAAGUAUAUCGUCUCAAAUACCAAAUCAAACACGCUUGCAACGUGAAGCUAAUGCACCUAUUCAGCAAACCAAUCUAACUUCCUCACAACAUGAAGCUAAUGUACCAGUUCAGCCACCCAAUCUAACGGCGCAAUCUGCGCAACCAAUUGCCGCACGUCCUCGACGUAGAGGUGGACGAGAAUCUACCCAUUAUUGGUCUGUAGAUGCACUAGAUGAACAGAAUGAUGCAAUUCGAAAACUUCAUUUGCUGGUUAAGGACAUCAAUAACUUGCCUGAUGGAUUGCGAGUCAUUGUGGAUUUUGAUGAACAACAUACACCUAUUGGAGAUGAUGCUGGUUUUCUUUCUAGAGUAUGUGGAUUAGUAGCAACACAUAGUCCCUUUUUCCCUAUAAGUUUGGAUAAGUGGUCAGAUAUGCCAGCUAAUUAUUUUGAUACACAAUGGAAAUAACUCUUUGAGCGUCGAUUAUGUUUCAAUGAAGUUGAAGAUUUAGUUAAAAGAUAUAUUGAGGGUUCAAUUGGCAAAAAGUGGAGAGAGUAUAGACUUAAACUAUUUGAUGAUAACUUCGAUCCUACUUUGAGCAAGAAUGAAAUUGUCAACAAUAGACCUGAGAAUGUUCCCUUGGACCAUUGGGUGAAAUUUGUUGAAUAUCGCUUGAAACCCGAGACUAUG